AUGGCUACUGGGACGGCCAGAAAAGCGGUUUUAUUGUCGUUCAUAUUUGACCGAAUAUGGCACGAGUGGGUUACCAUAUUCGAUUAUAUGACGGAUCAGAAGAUAAUCGAUGAAACAACAGAUAUUCGAAAUAGAUUAAGUAUUUGCACCUAUCUAUCUAUCUAUCUAUCUAUCUAUCUAUCUAUCUAUCUAUCUAUCUAUCUAUCUCAUUCAUUUCAUAUCUAUCUAUCUAUCUAUCUCAGUUCAUAUAUCAGUAUUUCUGUAUCUAUCUAUCUAUCUAUCUAUCUAUCUCAUCUAUCUAUGUUGUUCUAUCUAUCUAUCUAUCUAUCUAUCCCGAUCAAGUUGUUAUUCUAUCUAUCUAUCUAUCUAUCUAUCUAUCUAUCUAUCUAUCUAUCUAUCUAUCUCAGUUCAUAUAUCAGUCUUUCUCUAUCUAUCUAUCUAUCUAUCUAUCUAUCUAUCUAUCCCGAUCAAGUUGUUGUUCUAUCUAUCUAUCUAUCUAUCUAUCUAUCUAUCUAUCUAUCUAUCUAUCUAUCUAUCUCAGUUCAUAUAUCAGUCUUUAUCUAUCUAUCUAUCUAUCUAUCUAUCUAUCUAUCUAUCUAUCUAUCUAUCCCGAUCUGCUUACAUCUAUCUGCUAUCUAUCUAUCUAUCUAUCCCGAUCUGCUUACAUCUAUCUAUCUAUAUAUCCAGCUCGAGAUCAAAGCUGAAGUGAAUUUUUCUUCUUUUCUUUUCUAA